AAAAAAAGAAGAAGAAGAAAGGAGGGAAUAAGGGGGGAGAAGGAAAAGAAAGGGAGAUGGAGGAGAAGGAGGAGGAGAGUGAAAGAGAGAGAGAGAGGAGGAGAGGGUGACCAAACGGAGGGAGGAGGGAGGGGGAAACGGCGUAUGCUUGUAUACAACCCUGAUUUCCAUUUUUUUCCCAACUCGUAAUGUAUUUAAUUCAAGUGAAACGUAAUCAUGACGUGUCGUGUCAUUAAUCUCCUCGCCGCCUCUCCCAAAAGUAAAGGAGGAGGCUGCCAUAGAAGUGUCCCCCCCCUCAUCCGAGACACUAAAGAAUGGCAUAGCAUCACACACACUGCUGAGGAUGGAUUCUCCACCAGAGUGUGUGUUGUCUCUUUCUUGUGAGCAGCCCCAGUCUCCCCCAACACUGCCAUCUCUGGACCACAGCCCCCAGGCCUCCUCUCCUCACACCCAGCUCUCUCUACCUGACAGCCCCGUUGUCCUGCCGAUUCACAGCCCCGAACCCUCCCCUCAGAGCCCAGACACGACGCCUUAUUUCCCCCUCUCUCCCUUCCCCCUCCACGAGGAUAACAAUAACAAUCACCAUGAUGUUGAUGAAGAAGAUGACGAGGAAGGGCUGGACGGUGUUCCUCCAUCACCGACCCCUGCAGUGGCUCUGUUCCCAGGUGGAGGGGGACAAGAGGCUGGAUGCAGUCCCCGUUUGGACUCCUCUCCACCAGACACCCCAUCAGCACCUUUACUUGGGUAUGGUGCCCUGGAGCUGGCCCUCUCUUCAGGUCAGAGUGGAAACUGCAGUGAUGAGCUAGACCUCCAGCUGUUCCAGAAGGACACGGUUCCCAGGACGUUACCUGGAGUUGGAGCGGCUUCAUCGGGGCCUGCGCUCAAGUUUCCCUGUCAUGUAUGUGGGAAGAGAUUCAGAUUCCAAAGCAUUUUGUCUCUUCACGCACGAGCUCACAGUCUCGACCGAGACCGCAGAGCUUCAGCCCUCUACCGGACCGGACUCCCCUCAGCUCCCCUAAAGCAGCACCUCAAAAUCCAGCAGAACCACAAAGACUUCAUCCCGAAUCACAGAAGUCACUCAAACCAGCGUUUACUGCCAGGUACUCUCAUCCAGCAUCUCACAGAGGAAGAGGAUGUAAAUGGUGAGAUCCAAGGUCUAGAUAAUGGCCUGCAGACUGACCACAACCCAAACUUUUUACUGGAUGACAGCACACCUUUGACCCCUCCACUUACAGAGGACCCUGUUUCUGUGACCUCUCCCUAUUCUUCUACCACCGGGGAGGGUGCAUCGACUUCCAUAGCGCCUACGUUUCGCUGUCAUGCCUGCAAAGGAAAAUUCCGCACAGCUUCGGAGUUGGCGCGGCAUGUCCGCAUUCUCCACAACCCGUAUAAAUGCACUCUUUGUCCUUUUUCUGCCAGCCAAGAAGAAAGCCUGGCAUCUCACUUGCAGGAGUGCCACCCAUCCCCUGACGUACCUGCUCUGCCACCAGCCUUCAACUCCAGGUCCAUCAUUGCAACCCCAGACACUCCAGUGCCCACUCCAACACAUACCCCAGCCCCAACACCAAGUAACCCACAGAUGACAGCAGCUGCUACAGUGGCCGCCGCCUCUGCACUGCCGGCAUUUCGCUGUGAUACUUGUGGACAGCGAUUUACCCAGUCUUGGUUCCUAAAGGGACACAUGCGAAAGCACAAGGACUCCUUGGACCAUAAGUGCCAGGUGUGCGGCCGUGGCUUCAAGGAGCCUUGGUUCCUCAAAAACCACAUGAAAGUUCAUCUCAACAAGCUUGGACUGAAGGCUGGUUUGGGAGCCCCUGGGGGACCAGGAGGUGCUGAGCAGCUGUCUAAAGGCUCUGCUAGUAAUCAGUCUCUCAACGCCCUCUACUCAAGCCUGCUUUUGGCUCAGCGAGGAGGCGGCAGCAGAGGUGGACAAGGAAGAUCAGAUAGAGAAACUGGAGGCAGAAUUGGGAUGGGCUUGAGCAAGUCAGCUAUCCUGGGCUAUCUGGGUUUGCCAAGUGAUGGCAGUGGGGCCAGCUGCAUGGAAAGACUUCAAGCAGUUGCACAGGUGGCAGAAAUGGGAAACGGUGGGGGUGGUGGCGUCGGCAGUUCAGGAGGAGGGGACCCAGGAAGAGGAGGGGGAACGUCUAGAGGAGGAAAUACAGGUGAGCCUACAGGAAACAUUUCAGAAGGAGGGGACCAGGCUACUUGGUGGCAGCUGGUGGCUCGCAGCCUGGCAGUAGCUCAGCAGCAGCAGAGGCCUCAUCAGCGAGGCCAACAUCAAGGCCAGAGAGCAGCAGGUCGAAGUUCGGUGAUCACAGAGGCCGACCAAGUCAGGGCCUACCUCGGAGGCCUCAAUCCAAGAGAAGAGACCGGAGGAACAGGAGGCCCUUGGGAAUGCCCAGACUGUGGAAAGCUAUUCCGCAGCCUGCAGCAGGUGGUAGUUCAUGCUCGAGUUCACACUCAGAGGCCCCAGAAAGGAGGUGGCAGUGAAGAGGAGGGGAGUGGGAGCCGUAGAGAAGUGGGGCUAGGAAGAGGAGGAGAAGUGAGGCAGGAAUCUCAGCUACAUGGUGGUGGAUCCCAACAUAUGGGAGAAAUGAGACAGGAAUCAAAACUCAACAGUGGUGGAUCACAAACAGGAGCAGCUACCGGGUUUCACUCUGUCAUCUCAAGCUUCAAAGGAGAAAAUGGUUUGACAGCAGUGUCCUCCAUAGCUUCAGUUCCCACCAGGGAGCGAGUGCGUGGUAGAGGGAUAAAAGACUGCCCCUACUGUGGCAAAGCUUUCCGCUCUUCACACCAUCUCAAAGUGCACCUGAGGGUUCACACAGGUGAGAGACCCUACAAAUGCCCCCACUGUGACUAUGCAGGUACUCAGUCUGGCUCGCUGAAGUAUCACCUGCAGCGGCACCACAGGGAGCAACGCAACGCCUUGUCAGCCGCCUCCAACUCCACCUCCUCUGGUCUCACCUCCACUAUCAACAGUCUGACCUCUGGAACCUCUGGCCUGGUCAAGCAGCGCCGAUCCCAACUCAACCACUGCCCAGUGAACCGAAGCCCAACAGAUGCUCCCACCUCUCGGCCCGGCCAGCAGUCCUGGCUCCUGGGGCUUCCAGACCAGCGGGAGCAUCGGAAGGCCUUGGCAGCUCUAAGGGAUGUCGACCUGGAGACCCAGUACAGGUAUCUGUCUGGGGUGAUGGGGGCGCUUUACCAAGGCGGAAUGGAAGGAGGCUGGAUCAGGGAGUCUCCUCCACCAAAGGCCCCUAAAGUGUCCCGACGUAAGCCCCUUACUACAAGCCGAAUGGUGCAGCCAUCGAGCGACAAGGACGGACCCGUGGCAUCGACUCAAGAGGGCGGAUUUGAACCCCUGGAUUUGUCUCGUCGCACCUCACCUGGCCUUGGAGGGAUGGAGGAGGAUGGAAGCAUGAGCAUAGGAGAAGUAGGAGGAGGUGGAGACAGCGGAGGGGACAGUUCAUCAGGGGUCAAACUGAGCCAGUGUUUGUUCUGCCCUUUCCGUACGUCGUCUGCAGAGCUGAUGGCCAUGCAUCUCCAGGUCAACCACACCAGUAAGUCCAGGCGCAAAAGAGGCUCUUUGACUGUCUUGGAGGACGAUGGAGCCCCAAAAGCCACCAAGCCACGGAUGGAUCAUGCCGAGCUCGACCCUCUGACCAUUUGGAGGCAUGCGAGUGAGGCAGAGUCCCAGGCCCCCCUCGGGGAAUGGUCCUCAGCUCAGGCCCAGUCUCUUAAUGGUCUCUCUGAGCAUACGGCAGAACAUCUGGAGGACGGUCCCGACCACCCAGACUCCAUGGCUUCAGUAUCAAAGAAUGUAAGAGACAGUCCGACACUCCAAAGGAAGAUGGAAGGGGAGAAAGAAGACCAAGAGGAGGAAUUUGAAGAGAAUUUGGAGAACAGCAGUCUGGAGGAUUCGCAAGACCACGAUCUGAGGAUGUCCCUCGCUCUCUCACCAGCCCUGAGCACAGCAGGCGAGGAGGAAAGGGUCUUAACAGAUUAGAGUAUUUCUGAAUGACACCAUUUAAUGUGGAAAGUUAGGUUCAAUGUUUUCAACUACAUUUGACGCAGAAUUAAAGAAAAUUGGGCAGAAAGCAGCGCAGAGAGAAAAUGGGUUCAUGGUUAAACGAAGUCUUGUCUCUUCAUACCUUCAUUUUUGGACAGACUUAAGGAGCCCGACAAACGGAUGUUUCAGAAGGUGAUGACAAGAGCGAGAUGGAGGUAAAAACUAUGGCCGUUAUGUUCCCUCCAACAUUAUCUGUCUACUUGAGUUCUGACUGUGUGAAAUUCCUGUAAGAAAAACAAACAAACACAACUAGAGCAUGGAUGCAUCUUUUCAGGAUUUUGUAGGCCACUUUUCUAUUUUUUUUUUCAAGCUUCACUCCAAGAAGGAUGAUUUUUAAGAUGAUCUCCAAUUUGAUAAAUGAAAGAACCAUGUAAGAGAUCAAGGGCAAGAUCCUGCAUCAUUCCAGAGUCGUGCAUUUGUUCCUCUCUAAUAAUGGGCUGUAAAUCCCAGACUACUAUACUGACCAAGUUGAAGCCAGCUGUGAAGAGAUGCUCUCCUGACUGACUGUUAAACACCUUCAGCCUCCAAAAAAGACACGGAGGAAGGUUUAGUUUUGGAAAGUUUGGAGCUGCCAGCCUCAGCUAAGCUAUUUGAUAUUAAUUUAAGGCAUGAGGUAACUGUUGCAGGCUGUGUGCUUUCCCUCAACUAUGUAUCACUGCCUUGUUUGUUCAGAAAAGUGUUUCUCAAUGACUGUCCUAAAGAAAAACAGAAAGAAAAGUUUGUAAUUUUUUUUUUUGGUUUUCAGUUAGUGCCUGUUCCUGUAUGUUGUCGAGAGAGUCUCUGGCAUUCCUGCCCACUGAGGCUCUGAUAGGUCAUUCAUUUUAUCUGAAUAUACAGUUUAAAACGAUUUAAGUACAAUAUAUUUGUUAAAAGUGGUUCUAGGGUGUUGUGAAUAGUUAAGUUGUAAAAGAAAUGCUACAUCAUAGCUCAAUGUCCUUGACACAGACUGUAGCCAUUUGUGGCUCAGCUUGAAAAGAACAAAAAAAAAAGAAAAAAAAGUAGGUGACAUGCGUAAUGUAUAAUGUGAUGAAAGGUCACGGGCUGAGCGAUAAAAGGGGGUCACAGUUCGUCUUCGGUGUUUACAAUGGUAGCGAAUGCGGGUCAGGGUUGCCGAGGCAACUCAUGGUCAUCACAGAUGUGCGGAAAUGAACAAAACACAGAGUUUGUUGGAGGGCUGAAGGAGUAACGCUAGAGCCCCUGAACACAAUCAAUGACACAUUGUUUUAAAGAGACUGAGACUUAGCAACUGUGUCAAAAAGAACUUUUUUUUUCAGUUUUUUCCUCCAUAGGAGAGAAGAUACAAGGUAGAGAACGAAAAAGGAAGCAGUAUCGCUGCCAGGCAGGACUAAAUCUGAGAAACCAACUGUACUCUUGGGUUAUGGUGUCUUUUAGAUGAGUAGAUUCCCUCUCUUCUUUUUUAUAAGAAAAGAAAAGACAAUGGUAGGAGUAAUUAUUAAAACACUAACAAAUGCAUAGACAUCCCAGUAGAAUAUGUGUAGCUUUUGUAAAGACAAGAAAAAACAGCAGACUUUUGUUUAUUUUCAUUUCGAGAUGCUUACAGAAAAAGGUUAUCAAUAUAGGUAAUAUUGAUUAUAAUGUUUGUGAGCUAAGACUAGUUGGAAUGUCUAUACAGAGCACUGUGCAAGGUUUGAGUUCCCAAAGUAGUUGUUUUUAUUUCGACUUUAUCAAUAGACCAAACGUUUUUUCAAUGGCAGUUGUCACUUUCUGUUGUCAGUUUAAAUGUGUAAAUGUGUGGUUUGAUUAGGUGUACCCCAUCAAUGAGCAAAAAUCGAUCGAUUAGUUGGUCUGUGUAUCAAAUGUCCAACCGUUGAACUGGUUGUUAAAGAAAGUUCAGAAUCAAAAUGUGUAACUAAUGUGGUAACAUAAAAGACAUCCACUGCUUGAAAUGACAAAAAAAAUCUGUUCUCACGAGCGCUUGAAGGUGUAUUUAUGGAAAAAAAAAAAAGAAUGUGAGGUAUUAAUAUCCCCUUACACUGGGUAACAGCCACUAUUUAUCCACUGAGACUACAUCUGAUGGGGUAUUCUAUGACUGCAGCCACACUUUAAUGUGCAUUCAUGUGUUUAAGUUCUUUUUUUAGAGCACCUUAUGAGUUUUGUAGUGAAAGUCCCUUAGUGGUGUCUCCUUAACAACUACUGUCAAUGCCACCGUGCCUUCUGUUUCAAGCACUUCCUGGUGUAUUUUGUAAAACUCACCAAAAGCACUUAGCCUAUAUCUACACACUCUCUUUCUUCCUCUCUUUUGUCUGUCUUCCCACCUCCCUCCUAUUCUCAUCUCUUCUUCAUCACAUCAUUUUCCUAAUCUUUUUCUCGUGUCUUUACCUCCUGACCUCUUUCUCUCGGGGGAAGCUGUUUCCCUGCCAGUUUCUCUCUCUCUGGCCUGUCAGGCCUUAAACAAGGUCACUAGGCCUUAUUGCUACAAUCUAGCAUGGCUAGACUCUUCAAAGAAUGGACUACCUAAUCCUUAGACAAUUUUAAAAAAUCACUAUAGAUGUAAGGUUUGACUACUUCUGGUCUUGAUACUAACCCUUGGUAAACCAAAGCCCAAGUCUAAGACUAAUGAAUAUCGUAUUUAAUCUCAUAAGGUGCCAAAACAUGUCCGAUGUGACACUAAAGCAGAUGGAAACUUGAGAAAACUAAAUAAUUCACCUAUUUCCUCCCUCUCUCUCUCUCUCUCUUUCCUCAUUCUCCCAGCAGCCAUCCUAUCUUUUCCCUCCCGUGCUUGCUCUUCCUCCCUCUUCUCAUCCGUAAGCUGUCGAUCUCUAGCACCACUCGAAGGUGACGUGUACUAUCUGGUAUUGAGGCCUUUAUUAGAUUUUGAUUUCAGUUUGUGUGGUGUUUGUUCAAUGCCGUUGAGAUGGAAAAAUUGCUCUUAUAAUGAUAAGUAUUAUUGUUUUGGCAUUAUGGUUAAAAACAAGAAAAAAAAAAGACAAAAAACCUAAAGAGAUGUGUUGUUGAAUGUUGUACAGAUAGCACUAGAGAUGUUGUGUUUUUUUGUUUUGUUUUGUUUUUUUAAAGAGAGCACAAACUUGAGUGAUGGUUUCUUCAACUCCUCCCGCCGGCAGAAGGGAAUAAAACAGCCUGCCAAUCAUUGUAGAUGUCUAAUGAUAAAAAAAAGUCCCUCAGCGAUGACAUAUUUUCUAAAUAAGCUCUUUGUCGAAGCAGCUUUUGACUCAAACUCAUUUUCCAAAUUUACUGCACGAAAAGAAAAAUCUUUUUGUUGUGUUGAAGGUACAGUUUGAUUUUAGAGAAACUUAACUGUUUUCCCGACUUUAGCAAGAGUCUGAGAAACACAAUGGAAGCUUUGACAGGGAGUUAAACCUGCUUUAGCUCAUGUAUAUCUGUGGUGUCAUUGGAAAUGAAUCUAAAAACUGCAAAACACACUUUUUUAAAGAUAGCUAACCCCCUGUUAACUUAAAAAAUAUACCUUUAAAAAGUAAGAUUAUAUCAUUACUGUUUCUGUGUACCAGCAGAUGAAUACAAAGACCAAUUUUUUAGAUAAAAUACUUAUAAGUUGUCAUUUUUGUACGCAUUGGUGAAUGCUUUUAAGACGAUUCUCAAUGUUUAAGGUGCAUUUCCUCAUUUUUCAGAGUAGCUUGUAACUAGACAUGCAUUUAUUUAGCAAAGCAAACUCACUAUUUAGCUAUCUUCACCGAUAUCAGGCCUCCUCGAGGUUCUCUGGCCCCGAUUCAAGUUGGAAAAACAAAAAAAGAAGAUUCUCCGCAAAUCUGAUUGGCCCCGUUCGUUUGCAUGUGUUUCUGAAUUUGCUCCCUUGUGAUUUACAAACUGCACCUUACAUCUUCUGAUUGUGAAUCGGAGUAUUUUGCAGAAAGGAUUAGACUUUAUUGGGUAUCAAAGAGGCUUAUCCUACAUCCAGUAUUUUUGUAAAAUGACAAAUCCUUGCGAGUUGAAGGGACCGUGCUGGGUUUGGGCUCUUGUGUAGUUGACUGCCAUUGCAGUGAGGGAAAACUGACCUAACAUAGUAGUGACUAAUAUAACUUUGUGGACAGAUGAAAAAAAGAAAAAAUAAAACACAUUAGAAAUAAAUAAACACAAACAAAACAA